GCUACCAUCACGGUAGUACCUAGGCACUAUUUUUAAUUUUUUUUUUUUCAACCUCGAACUAGGGUAACAACAAAGAUUUGGUAAUCAUUUAAACCGUGUUAACUGAUAGUGUGAUAUUUUUGACACUACUCAAUUACUCAGAUAGUCAGAUCAUAAUAAUAUACAGUAUACACAAUUAUUAUAAAUCAUAUUAAUUUAAUUGUUUUAUUUUCUUGAUAAUUAAACAUUUUAUAUGAAAAUCAAGUAAUUUCAAAGAUUAUUUAUCUGCUUAUUGAGUAAUUUAUUGUCUUUUGAUUUCUGAUAAGUAGUUGGAUAAGAUGACAAGACAUGCUAGGAAUUGUACAGCAGGUGCUGUUUACACAUACCAUGAGAAACAAAAAGACGCUUCUCAGUCUGGCUAUGGAACUCAAAACGAGCGUGUCGGCAAAGAUUCUAUUAAGAGCUUUGAUUGUUGUUCAUUGACAUUACAACCCUGCAGAACUCCAAUUGUUUCUCCUGAAGGCCAUUUAUUUGAUAAAGAAGCUUUAUUGCAAUACAUGAUUACCAAAAAAAAUGAAUACUGUAGAAAACUGAAAGAGUAUGAAAAACAGAAACACAARGAAGAAGAAGAAUUAGCUGAACUAGGUAGAGCUGAACAGCAAUCUAAAGUGAAUGAUUUUCUUAAAAGAGAAAGUAUGGUGAAAAAACAAAAUGAUAUUUACAAAAUGAAAUCUCAGAAACGAUCAGAAAAAAAUGUAUCAUCUAUUUCGAAUAUGGCUAAUGGUUUGGAUAAGCAGCUGCCAAGCUUUUGGGUACCAUCAGAAACACCUGAUGCUAAUAAAGCGCCAAUGCAAAAACCAGAUAAGACAAUUUAUUGUCCUAUGAGUGGCAAACCAUUGAAGUUAAAAAAUUUUGUGGAUGUUAAGUGGACAUUAGUAAAUGACCCAAGUGAUAAAAAAUCUUUGGCAAUUCGGGAAAACCGUUACAUGUGCGCAGUGACCCAUGACAUAUUAAGUAAUGCCGUACCUGCAGCUGUUAUUCGUACAACAGGUCAUGUGAUUACAAUGGAAUGUUUUGAGAAACUAAUUAAAAAAGAUUGGCUACAUCCUUUGAAUGGAGAUAAAUUAACAGAAAAAGAUAUCAUACCUUUACAAAGGGGUGGAACGGGAUAUGCAACAACAAAUAUGAAUUUACAAGGGAAAAAUGCAAGACCUGUUCUACAAGCAUAAAGGAUAUUUUCAAUUUUAAAUGAUAUUGUUUUACUAUAAUAUAUUAAAAUAAUGUUUGUCAUCAUUUGAACACWAAUUACUGCUAUACAAUAAUAUUAUUUUAAAUUAUUUCAAUGUGUAUGGGAUUUAUUGUAU